AUGUUUUACUAUGAUGCCGAAAUUUUCUCGAAGUUUUUCCAACGAGAAGACAAAAUGUACGGAGCAACUGCAGGUGGUAAAAGAGGCAAAGAUUUAUCAAGUGUGGAUCUGACUGCACCCGAGCUUCAGGCCAAGCCAAUUUCCCUAAACAAAUUGGAGACUCUUACACGAUUCAGCCGGAAGGAGCUACAGGCCAUCUACCAAGGUUUUAAAAGAGUUUGUCCAACUGGAUAUGCCAACAAGAACACUUUCAUAUCAGUUUACCAAAGCUUCUUCCCGGGAAGAUCUUCUUCCGGUUACGCACAACUCUGUUUCCGUGUAUUUGACAAAGAACAUUCCGGUGAACUGACUUUUGAGCAAUUUGCUCGUUCCCUAUCCCAAAUUACCAGAGGAUCCGAAAUGGAGAAAAUCGACUGGAUUUUCGAUUUGUACGAUCUGAACGGGGACGGGUACAUCACGCGAUCCGAAGUUCGUGAAGUGGCCACGGCCAUAUUCGACCUUUUACGUCCAAAGUCGGAAAAUGACCGAGAAUCAACGGCCAUCGACGAACGAGUGGAUAAAAUGAUAGAGACCUACGAUGUGGACAAAGACGGCCGAAUAUCUAAGGAAGAAUUUGUCAAUGUAUCUAGCAAGGAUCCUCAAUUCAUCUCCAACCUCAAUGUGUUCGGAACACAGUUGUAA